UCGAUUUACGGCGGAUCCAACCUAUGGGGCGAUACCUCGAGUCAAAAGAGUCGAAAUAAAAUACUAAACCGGAAGCGACGACGAGAUAGGGAGCACUCGAGCAACAGCCUGUCCAGCAUUGAUCUGUCGGCCGCUGUCCAGGACAUCGGAGACAAAUUCAUAGAAGUGAUUGGAGUGGAGAACUGUAUGCAUGUCGGACAGGUCAAGGCUGGGCUCAGGGCUUCCGGACGACGACUCGCCCAAUGCAGUAGUGUUGUCAUCAGAUCAAGGAAACGAUUUCCGAUGCAAAUCGAUGGCGAGCCGUGGAUUCAGCCGCCCUGUACUAUCCAUAUUUGCCACAAGAAUCAGAUGCCAAUGUUGAUGGCGGCCCCACCUCUGCCAAAGUCACGCUCUGCCAUCUCUUUUAUUAGAAGAUGUUGUCGACAGUCCUCUAUUGAAGAGAUCGAUGACAUAGAGAACUCCACUUCUUAGCCAUGUCUUAGUUGUCACACACGAUUGCAGUGAUGAUCGCAUCUGCUUUUCUCGACUGAAGCCUCAAAUUAGAUUGAAAACAUAUUUUUAAGUCAAGUACUCAAUUCUCAUCCCAAGAUUCUUUGAACACAAUUCUUAAGCUAACAUAUUAUAUGAUUAUAUCUACGAAUCCGUCAC